GGAGAGGGGCGGGGCAGUGGGCGGGGCGGCCGGGUCACGAGGGCCGGGACGCCGCGGCCUCUGCGGAUAACCCGAGAUGGGGACCUCCCUGGACAUCAAGAUUAAAAGGGCGAAUAAAGUGUAUCACGCCGGGGAAGUACUCUCUGGUGUGGUGGUCAUCUCUAGCAAGGACUCUGUCCAGCACCAGGGAGUGUCCUUGACCAUGGAAGGGACUGUCAGCCUGCAGCUGAGUGCCAGAAGUGUGGGUGUGUUCGAAGCCUUCUACAACUCUGUGAAGCCGAUCCAGAUUCUCAACAGCACCAUAGACGUGCUGAAGCCAGGAAAGCUCCCCAGUGGCAAGACUGAGAUUCCCUUUGAGUUUCCUCUGCACGUCAAGGGCAGCAAAGUCCUGUAUGAGACCUACCACGGCGUGUUUGUGAACAUUCAGUACACACUGCGCUGUGACAUGCGGCGGUCCCUGUUGGCCAAGGACCUGACCAAGACCUGCGAGUUCAUCGUUCACUCUGCGCCUCAGAAGGGGAAGCUGACUCCGAGUCCCGUUGACUUCACGAUCACUCCGGAAACCUUGCAGAAUGUCAAAGAGAGGGCCUCACUCCCCAAAUUCCUCAUCAGAGGACAUCUCAACUCCACCAACUGCGCAAUCACGCAGCCCCUGACAGGCGAGCUGGUGGUGGAGCAUUCGGAUGCUGCCAUCCGGAGCAUAGAGCUUCAGCUGGUGCGGGUGGAGACCUGUGGGUGUGCAGAAGGCUACGCACGUGAUGCCACAGAGAUUCAGAAUAUUCAAAUUGCUGAUGGGGACAUUUGUAGAAACCUUUCUGUCCCUCUGUACAUGGUCUUCCCCAGACUGUUCACCUGCCCAACCCUGGAGACCACUAACUUCAAAGUGGAGUUUGAGGUUAAUGUGGUGGUCCUUCUUCAUGCUGAUCACCUCAUCACGGAGAAUUUCCCGCUGAAGCUCUGCCGGACCUAGUCUGGUCAUUUGCUCACACGUGGACGUCUCUCCGAUCAUCUGCUCACACGUGGACGUCUAUCCGAUCAUCUGCUCACACGUGGACGUCUAUCCGAUCAUCUGCUCACACGUGGACGUCUAUCCGAUCAUCUGCUCACACGUGGACGUCUAGCUGGUCAUCUGCUCACACGUGGACGUCUAUCCGAUCAUCUGCUCACACGUGGACAUCUCUCUGAUCAUGUGCUCACACGUGGACGUCCAUCCGAUCAUCUGCUCACAUGUGGACGUCGCACGAGUCCUCUGCUCGGACACCAUCCCUGGCAGCCUAUGUUUUCGUGAUUUCUCCUCACUGCCUCAAAGCUCGCUUCCUUCAGGUGCCUUGCCUCCGCCCUCUCCUCUGGAAUGCAACAGGAUUUCCUCGUGUGUGUUGGAAGAUCACAGAAAUCUUCCGACAGCUCCAGAUGUGCCUGCUUCUCUCUAGGUUCAGUGAAGCAGUGGUGUCUGCCGGUGAGAUCCGCUGGCCAGUGAGACCACGGAGCAGAAGGAACCCCCCUCCAGCUUGUCCAGACUCCUGACAGCGAAGGGCUGCAACCAGCAGGCUCAUAGGUUGAACCUGUGAUGCCCUCUAAGGAGUCAGUGACUUCCCCUGGAAAUGGGGAGCUUUUUCAGAACCUCUUGAGUUCCUGAUAAUGUUUCACUAGAACUUCAGAUUUUUUUAGGGAACUAGGAAAAAACAACAAAUGCCCUUGUUCUCACAGGCGUGAGGGAACCUGUGAAUGGUGGCUGGUGCUGGAGUUUUUGUGGUCUGUUGCACUGGCGUGCACACUUGAUGCUGCCAUAUUCCCAGGACAUACUGGAAGGCAGGGUGGUUGCAGAAGGGGACGCAUGUUGGCUGCUCAUUACUAGGUGAUUUUAGUGGCAGGAGACCAUGCUGAGGAAGGAUGAUGGACUUGGCCUUCCCUGACCCCGAGGGACCUGUGCUUUGAGCAGGGGUCUGGCCUGCAGACCUUUCCCUCAGCCUCACUGUGAGCCAGACCGUGUGGAGACAGUUGUGAUCUUGCUGCUGGUCAGGUGGACCACAGUGAGUACUCUGCACACUGGCUGGCUGGCCUGCCUUCACAGCUCCGGGGGGCCGGGGGACAGGCCCUGAGUGACCGCUGAUGGGACCUGGGGCUCCCCAGGGAAACUGAGGAGACUAGCCGAGUCACCUGACAGUGAGUUCCCAGACAGUGUGUUUUUGAUUUGUCAAUUUUUUAUGCUUGUGUCACAAUACUUACCUAUCCUUGAUGUAUUUAAACAAAAUCAAGUCGCCAAAAAUGGAGGCCGUACUUUCUGAUCAGUUUGCAAGGAAAAGUCAUCUUUAAUGACCAUUUUUUUUAACAAAUAAAGAAUGCUAAACAGCUUUUUAAAAUGA